CCCACCCCCAAGACGAGUCCGGAACCUUUCUGCUGUACCGUCUGCCCGGACAUGCUGAGGCGGAGACCGGAAGCCCUUUGUCGGUUCCGGGCUUUCUGGGCUACUACGAUGGCGAUGAGUUUCGAGUGGCCGUGGCAAUACCGCUUCCCGCCCUUCUUUACGUUACAGCCGAACGUGGACACUCGGCAGAAGCAGCUGGCCGCCUGGUGCUCUCUGGUUCUGUCCUUCUGUCGCCUGCACAAACAGCCCAGCAUGACGGUGAUGGAAGCCCAGGAGAGUCCGCUCUUCAACAACGUCAAGCUACAGCGCAAGCUUCCUGUGGAGUCAAUUCAGAUCGUAUUAGAAGAAUUGAGGAAGAAAGGGAACCUCGAGUGGUUGGAUAAGAAUAAAUCUAGCUUCCUGAUCAUGUGGCGGAGGCCAGAAGAAUGGGGGAAGCUCAUUUAUCAAUGGGUUUCCAAGAGUGGCCAGAACAACUCGGUGUUUACCCUGUAUGAGCUGACCAGUGGGGAGGACACAGAGGACGAAGGCCUCUGCUUGCUGUUCCCACCAUCACCCCAUGAGUUCAGCACUGCAGCCUGGCCCAGCCCACCACUCAGCCUGUGCAAAGCUGGAGGCUUCCCCAGAAUGCUCACUCCCUGACUUGAGCUGGGCUCCCUCAGGGGUGAGAGUUCCAUGGGCUGGAUGAGGCGACCCUACUGCGGGCUCUGCAGGCCCUCCAGCAGGAGCGCAAGGCCGAGAUUAUCACUGUCAGCGAUGGCCGAGGAGUCAAGUUCUUCUAGCAGAGACCUGUCUCCCUUUACCUCUUACCUCCCACCUUUCCAGGGCUUUCAAAAUGAGACAGACCUAGUGUCCCCACAGACUGGAUCUGUCACUCUACCAGACUCAAAGGGCUCAAGUCCUGAAAGCUCAGACUUAGGGUUAUUUCCUGCUUAAACCCAUUAUGUCUGUCCUGGGUAGGGUGGGCUCAUGGUGCCAGGGAGAAAGGAUAUGUUUCUUGCCCUACCUCCUUGCCCACCUUAGACUGUCCCUGAGCCAGGGUCUGUAAGCCUGACACUUUACAUGUGUUCUCACACAUAAGUACACACCCACAUGCGCCUGCACAAGCUUCUUUCUCCUUCCUCCCACUCUUUUAGCUGCUGUUGCCUCCCGUCUCAGGCUGGUGCUGGAUCCUUCCUAGGGGAUGGGGGAAGCCCCGGCUGCAGGCAGCCUUCCAGGCAAUACAGAGAUAGGAAGCCCCAGAAGGGGCCUGGCAGCGAGAGGCGGGCCCACUCUGAUUUAUGAUAUUAAAGUCUCUACUCCCACUUUCUGCCUGUUGCUACUGCUGGAAUGGGACUCGGGAAGCGGAGAAGGCGGAGCCUAGUUCCACCUGAUUGAGUCCCAGUCAAGGAAAGAGAAGAAUCCUUUGGCCUUUGUACAAGAGAAGGGCCUCUGGGCCUGGGGGCUCCAGUGAGCCUGUGGUUUUCCAUGUGCUGGGUGGGCUGUGUGGGGGAGUG